UAUUUUCAAAACAAUAUUCAAGGUUGUAUUUCUUGAAUUCUUAUAAAUCGUUCGCGUAUUAUAUUUUAAAUUGUUGUUUAAUUCUUUUCAGAUUUUAUUUUUUAACAAUAAUGACGAAACAGAAAAAUAUUGCUGUCAUUGGUGCUGGUGUAAUUGGAUUAUCCACAGUCUUAUGUCUUCAAAAAGAAUUUCCGUCUGCUAGUGUAUCGCUAUAUGCAGAUAAAUUCAACGAAGAUACUCUAAGUGCUGGAGCAGGUGGAAUUUUUCGACCCGAACUUAAUAUAGAUGAAGACUUUGAGCGUUUAAGUAAAUGGUGUGAAGAUUCUUUCUCUCACUUUCUUGAGUUAGCACGUUCUCCUGAAGCAUCAAAAGCAGGAACACAAUUAGUUUCUGGCUAUCAUCUCAGCAGUAAUCCUUUGCAGAUACAAAAUCCUUUGUUACUGAAAUUAUUGCCAGAAUAUCGAGAACUGCAAGAAAAGGAACUGAAAAUGUUUCCAAGACAUUAUAAGUAUGGAAUGUUUUACACUACAAUUAUCACAGACUGCCGAUAUUAUUUGCCUUGGAUGAAGUCUAAAUUCCAAGAGGCAAAUGGUAAUAUUGUGCCAAAAUACAUCAUAAAUAUAUGUGAGAUAGCUGAAAAUCAUGAUGUUGUGGUAAAUUGCUCGGGUCUUGGUGCCAAACAGUUAUUGAAAGAUAAAAUGCUGAUUCCAGUCCGAGGGCAAACAAUAAAAGUUAAAGCACCAUGGAUUAAACAUUUUUACUAUGGUGAUGAAGUUUAUGUAUUGCCUGGUAUAGAUUAUGUGACACUUGGUGGUGUUAAAGACCAUGGCAGUUAUAAUAUGAAUGUAAGUUCAUAUCAGAAGCAGUUCAUUUGGGAUAAAUGUACUGAACUUGUUCCUAGUCUAAAGAGAGCAGAGAUUGCAUGGGAUUGGGUUGGCCUGAGACCCUAUCGGCCAUCUGUGCGUAUUGAUGCUAAUUUCAUACCUUGUAAUGGAAAUUACAAAAUGACAUCACUGGAGUUCAACAAUCAGUUCUGCUAUAUAUAUUAAGUAAUAACAUGUUGUGAAUAAUUAUGGACAUGGAGGUCAUGGUGUUGCUCUUUCUUGGGGCACAGCAUUAGAGGCUACACAACUGGUAAAGAAAUUUUUUGUGGAAAAAAAUUUUGUAGCCAAGUUAUGAAUUCUGUAUUUUUACCUCUUAGUACCAAACAAUAUGUACAGUUACACUUGAAUUAAUUUCAUGUGUGAAUAUUUUAAUUCCCUAAUGUAUAAAGUAAAUACAAUUUCAGUUUUAGACUAUUAAUUUAAAAACAAAAAAGAAAGGGGGAGGAGAUUUGAGAGUGUCUCAAAAGCUCCCUAUUCUCAUUUUAAAAGUAUCUAAUGCAUUAACUCUCUUCUUUAUGAAAUAAAAACAUUUAUCGCUAAACAAACAAGAUAUACAGUUUCAUCAGUUAAACUAACUCAGAAUGAGAGAAAAUGGAAAUUUGUGAAAUGGAGUUUUUAUACAAUUUUGGAAGCUCAUCAAAAGUUACCAACUUGAAUGAUUUCAGUACUGAUUCAAAUCAUCCUAAACUAUUCAAAAAUUAAACUAAAAUUAAAAUAUUUCUUCUUUUGCUGUUCUUUUAUUUUUUCAUCAAAUGUACAUUUAUAAAUUUAUUUUAUUCUAAUGCCUCUCUUUAUUAGCAUUCAAGAAGUAAUUUCAAAAUAAUCUUCUUUUGCAUCCGAAAUGAUCUAGGUAUUUUUGUCAAAAACCAUAUAAAAGCAACAUUUUUCUUUUUAAAUUCCCCAGUUAGAUAAGGAAAUGUGCUUACUAUAAAAACCAACAUUUCUCUAUGCUUUUAAAUUUUAAUCUUAAUCAGUGGUCAGUCUGCCAUUGUAGUGUGUUUCAGAUUGUAAGAGUGUGUUAAGAGACUGUUUAUACUGUUAAAUCUGUUUUGUCUGUUAUAUGGAUGCUAUAUUAACCUUUAAGUUUUUCUUGUCUUCUACAUGUGUUAACAAUGAUAUAGAUAAAUCAGAAUAGUUCUUAAUAUAACUAUGUGUCUUUAGCACUUGCCAUAUGAACCUGGAGUAAAUACAAUUAGCUUCAGGUAGUUCCAUUUCACCUGUAUGUUUAGCCAAAUCUCAUUAAAAAAAAUUUUCAAUGAGAACUUUUCAGAAUAUACUAUAGAAAUAACUGAUGUGGUUAAAUUUUACAAUGUAGAUUGCUUGCUGCACAGAUGAAAUGGCAACACCAUAAAAAAUAAUUCAGAUAAGUCAAAACAUAGCAUAUAGGUAAAGAAGUAGUAUUGAAAAUUGAUUUUUAUUUCAAUUGUAUAUGCCAAAGGACUAAAUUUACAUUGUACUUAGUAAGUAAUAUGACCAUGAUUUAGUAAGAAUACCCAAAUAUCAUGGUCAUAUUUCUUACUAUGAUUUAGUAAGAAAUAUGACCAUGAUAUUUUGGGUGCACAUUGAUUAGUUAGGUUAGUAUUCAUUCAAUAUUUAAGUGGGUAAAUUCUGUCCUUGAUGUCUUAUUUCCAAGUCUGCUCAACUGGCAAGAGAUCUGGGGAUCGUGCUGAUCAAGAAAUUACCUGAAUAUUUUACAAAGAUGCCUACUGGUACCUAAAGUAUCAACAUCACCUUGCUGAAGAAUGUUUUUACAUAUCCAAUGUGUACAAUAAUGAACCAAGCUACAGCACCUCAUCAUCAUAGUGAGGUGCUAUCAUUGCCUAUUAGAAGUGAUCAGUUGCUGAUGCUGAUGGCACCCUAAACUUUGACUGUGAGUGAGUUAAUGAGCUGUGUGUGAUAUUCAAAAGUACUAGUCUAAUUGCAGUGUCUCCUCCAGAUACUCGAUGACCAUUGCUGUGGCAUAACUGAGAUGAAUUAUUAAGCCAUUUUUCAUCUUGAGUAAAUCUAAUGUGACAUCAUAGCAGGUAUUCAUAAUGAUGAUUCUUGUUAAUAGCAGUCUUCAUGGUGAAUUCCUGCCUCGGAUAAUUGAUGAUAAAUUAUUUGCAUUGAGAGUUCAAAUGUCUCUAUUGUACCCUGCAAAAUAUCACCAUCUGUGAUUUAUGGGACCACUACUGCAUGAUUUCAGACCCAUGAAUACACUGUGAUAUUUGUCUUGGUUAUACUCUUAAUGAUUUUCACAUUUCCUUCUCACUAUUGUCUCACAAGAUGCUACAAAGUUUAUUGCAUCCUCUUAUAUUUCUGCUGUAAUACAGCACAAAGAACUAAUCAAUUUUACUUAAGUAAGCUAACUAACUUCUAUUAAAUACACCUGUUUGAUGAAAACUCUCUGAAUUUCAAAGUCAUUUUCUUGGCUUUAAAUUUUGACAUCAGGAACAGAAGGGGAAAAAAUCCGUAUCCUGGAGUAAAUCCUAGAAGUUAGCUUUACAGACUUCUUUCUCCUUUUUAUCAUGCUGUGAGAUCAUAUGAUUGACUGAGAACUGCCAGAACUUGCAUUAAAGUACAGCUUGCAAUCUGUUGUUUAUUAAUACAUCAGGUACACAUACGUAAAAUUACCUGCCACCCUACAUAAAUAUCUAAACACCUGUUUUUUAAAUACAUGGUGGUCAUACAAAUACAGGGUAAAAAGAUGUUUUAUGACAUCUCUCAAUCCUGACAAAUCUCAUGGAUUUGAUGUAUACACUUUGGAUUUCAAAUCCAUCAGAUUGAAGUCUGGUAUCAUGGUGAACACAAAACUGCAAAGUUACCGGAGAUGACUUUAUCUCCAAAGUGGUUGUUGCAGUACUUCCUGAAUACAUGUGGAGGAGCACCACCUUCAUGUUUUUAUACAGCAUGUUUUAUAAGCUAAAAUGCACAAAAAUCAUUACAGAUGGCAGCACUAUGCAUUAUUAUCGAAUUAUGGUCUCUGAUGGAGCGCUGAAAUUGUACAUUCACUGCACAAGUACUGCAAAUUGAAAUUUUAUUAUUUUAAAUAAUAUUUCUAAUUUAUGAAAACAUUUUGACAGUUUUAAUAUAUAUUUUUCUAUCAUAUAAAUAAAUUGAACUAGUUCACAAGCAAAAAAAAAAAAAAAAAAAAAAAAAAAAAAAAAAAAAACAUUUUUAUUAGGUUUUUAGACGUGGAUACAGAGUCUAUCCACCGUCCUUUUAGGGCAGUAACACUGGCCUUGAAAAUGCCGCACUGCCUCUACCUGAGAGAAGAGUUAUGUUUGACAAGUUUUAUGUUUUUGUAAGGGUGUGAAAUAUAAACAAACUUUGUUUAUAACAUGUGAUGAGGUUUUGGCUUUGGUUUGACUCUCAGUAUAGUUUUUCUGUUCGGCCAGAAUGUUGACGUUUUUUAGAGAAACGAAAUUUAGAAAAUACUUUCUGUAUAUGGAUAAUUUUUUGUAUUAUUUUAAAUUAGCUUUCUACUUUUAUAUGAUUAUAGUACAUUUCUUUUAUUGUUUUAAUUUCAACAUAAUUUUUUUAAGUUUAUUACAAUGUCUAAAAAGAGCUUAUCUGUACAAGAGGCUCUUGCUAUUUUUGAAUAUUUGUGAUCAAAUAUGGUUCAGCAGUAUCUAAUUAUAGUGAUACUGAUGAAGACUAUGUUGCAGACUUUACUCAAGAGGAAAAUAUUAUUUCUAGUUCUGACGAUGAAGAAAUUGGGGAGUUACAGCUUCCCUCUACUUCUAAGCCACAAGUGAAAAACAUUUUAUUUCCAGAUCUCUGCCAGAAUUUACAGAAGACAGUGGUCCGUCUUCUGAAGUUUUAGAAAUGCAAAAUCCAACUCCUCCUUAGAGUAUUUUUGCUGUUUAUUACAGUAAAAUUUUAGAUAUUGUGUUUCACGGUAACUUAUAUGCAACUCAAGGAAGGAAACAAUGCAGCCCUUUAGAGUUUGACAAAUUACUGUGAUUUUUGGGUGUCAAUCUACUCGUGGGAAUCAAGUGUUUGCCAAGCUACAGAGACUACUCAGUGGAUCCCGAUUUGCAUGUUGAGUGCAUAGCACAACAGAUGUAUGUAAAAAGUUUUGCAUGGAUUCUCUCUCACAUUUGCAUAACAAUAAUAAUUCUUUACAGCCGAAAAAAAGGGAAGCAACGAUUAUGCCAAUUUAUAUAAAAUAAGACCUUUUUUGAGGCAUCUGUCGGAGAAAUUCAUUUCUUUAUUUCAUCCAAAUCAAAAUCAAGCCAUUGAUGAAUCAAUGGUAAAAUUCAAAGGACGUUCUUCUUUCAAACAGUGUAUGCAAAAAAAAAAAAAAAAAAAAAAAAAAAACCAUAAAAAGAGGGUAUAAAGUAUCGAUGUGAUGAAAGUUCAUAUGUUUGCUAGUUUGAAAUUUAUACUGGAAAAAUUGGUGAUACUACCGGAAAAAACAAGUAAUUGAGUUGUUCGCACUCUAAGCCAAUCAGGUAAAAAUCUUAAGUUAUUUAUGGACAAUUAUUUUACCAGUUACAGUCUUUCUAGAGACUCCUAAGAUAUUCGCAUUUGAAACUGUAAACAUGAAUAGGAUAAAUUUGCCGAAAAACUUAAAUUCCGAGAAAUUGAUGAAAAGAGGAGAAUUUGAUUGGGCAUUAUUUGAUAACAUAAUAUGCCUGAGAUAGAAGGAUAAAUGCAGUGUAUGCAUAUUAUCAUGUUUAGAAAAUAUAACAAAUGUCAUCAAUGUAGAGAGAAAUUAAAGGAAUGAUGAAAUAAUAAAUUUAGCAUGCCCCUAAGCAGUAACAGACUAUAACAAAAAUAUGGACUUUGUAGACAGGUUUGACCACUUGAAAUGCCUGUACGAAAUUGACAAGAAAAGUUACAAAUGGUGACAGAGAAUUUCUUUCUUUUUAUAGAUGUUUCAGUUCUAAAUGCAUUCAUAAUUUACAACAUGCAUCCAGAUAAAUGCAGUGAAUUUAAAACCAUGAAAGAUUUCUGAAGAGAAGUGAUCCGAGCACUGCUACUGAUGGGAUUUCUUGUACAAAUGGGUGCAAAAAAAAACUAAGUUCAAAAUCGGUUCCUGUAAAAAAGCACAAGCCAUAUGUUCCAACAGAUAAGCGCACAGAAGAUGCAAAACAUAGUCCUGUAAAAACGGAAGGUGGCUUAUACAGAAGAUGUGCUCUUUGCAGUAGAAAAAAAAAAAAAAAA